AUGAUUGUGGCUAGUUGGAAUUGUAGGGGAGCAGGAAACCGAGCCUUCCCUCAACUCAUUAAAGAUAUAGUAAGAAGGAAGAACAUAGAUAUAUUGUGUCUCAUUGAACCCCGUAUAAGCGGACAAAAAGCUGACAAAGUGGUUAGAAAAUUGGGUUUUUCACAUUGGAUUAGAGUAGAAGCUACAGGCUUUGCAGGAGCAAUUUGGGUCUGCUGGAAUGAAGGAGACAUAAAGAUUGAGUAUAUUUCCUCUACGGAACAACUGCUGCACUGUAAAGUGGGAAGGAAAAAUUCAAAUCAGUGUGGGUUUGUUUCGUUCAUUUAUGGGGAGCCAAAUUAUCUUAAAAGAGGAAAUUUGUGGCAAACUAUCAGGACCAUAGCUGAGCAUACUACAGAUGCUUGGUUGUUAGUAGGAGAUUUUAAUGUUAUCAGGCACCCAAGAGACAGAGUUGGAGGAGCUGUACCAAAUACGAACUCAAUGGAUGCUUUCAAUAAUUGUCUUGAAGAGACAGGACUGGUUGAACUAAGGGACCCUCAUGACCAUUUUACAUGGGAACGAGAAUUCAUUAAAGAAAAGCUUGAUUGGGUCUUUUGCAACUUCCAAUGGGAAAACAUGUUCCCCCACACUGCUGUGAAACAUGAUCUAGCUUACAAAUAA